AUGGGGACCUUCGCGCGCCCGGUCGCCUCGAGCAUUGCCGGGGUUGACUUUAACGUCUACUCCGACGAAGAGAUCAAAAAGCUAUCGGUCAAAAGAAUUCACAAUACUCCAACUUUGGAUUCUUUUAAUAACCCUGUCCCUGGUGGUCUCUAUGACCCUGCCAUGGGCGCAUGGGGUGACCAUGUGUGUACUACUUGUCGGCUGAACUCUUGGUCCUGCACCGGUCAUGCCGGCCACAUUGAGCUCCCUGUUCCUGUUUACAACGUCACAUUCUUCGAUCACAUUUACCGUCUUCUUCGGGCGCAGUGUGUGUACUGUCACCGUCUGCAAAUGUCCCGCAACCAGGUCAACAUGUACAUUUGCAAAUUACGUCUCCUGCAGUAUGGCCUCAUUGAUGAAGUCGCCAAGGUUGAUGCGAUGGAAGCUAUCAAGGGCGUUAAGUCGAAAGCCGGCAAGGCUACUGGCGAUGACUCUGACGAGGAGGAGGAUGAUGCAGAGUCCAUCAUGGAAAAGCGAAAUGCCUUUGUCAACCGGUGCAUCAAGGAAGCCAAGAAAGAUGGCCGGUUGGAGGGUCUAAUGGCUGGCGCAAAGAACCCCAUCGCUGCGGAGGCCAGACGAGACCUGGUCAAGACUUUCUUCAAGGACAUCAACAGCUACCGGAAAUGUACCAACUGCAGUGGUAUCUCCCCCUCAUACCGCAAAGAUCGCUACAACAAGAUCUUCCGGAAGCAGCUUUCGGAGAAGUCCAAGAUUGCGAUGCUCCAUGGUGGGUUCCAGGCACCGAACACCCUGGUUCUCCUCGACCAAGAAAAGAAGUCAUCUUCCAAGCAGAACGGCUCUCAGACGAAUGGCGUCGUUGAAGCGGACAGUACUGCAUCUGAGGUUCACGGUGCGGAGGAGGAAAUUCGACGGGGAGCCGCCGUUACAAACCAGAACACGCAGCCUGGAGCGAGUGCUCAGGAGUUUAUGCCUUCUUCUGAGGUCUACAGUGCCCUGCAGCUUCUCUUCCAGAAGGAUAGCGAUGUCCUGCAACUUGUCUAUAACUCUCGUCCUGUUCCGAAAGGAGUCAAAGUUAUCAGCGCGGACAUGUUCUUCACUAAGAGCCUUCUGGUCCCACCGAACAAGUAUCGCCCUGCUGCCGCCCAGGGCCCAGGCGAGAUCAUGGAGGCAUCGCAAAACACUCCUUUCAACAAUAUUAUCAAGCAAUGUGACCUAAUCAAUCAGAUCAGCAAGGAGAUCCAGAACGAGGAUGAGAAGGCCCUGGCCCGUGCGCGCAAUUAUAGUGAUCUCCUCCAGGCCAUUGUUGCGCUCCAGGAUUUCGUUAACGGUCUGAUCGACCGUGAGCGUACUUCUGUGACUGGCUCGGCCAUCGCCCAGCUGCCAAAUGGUAUUAAACAGCUGCUCGAGAAAAAGGAGGGUCUGUUCCGAAAGAACAUGAUGGGUAAGCGUGUGAACUUCGCUGCCCGUAGUGUUAUUUCACCCGAUCCCAACCUCGAGACCAACGAAAUUGGUGUGCCUUUGGUUUUCGCCAAGAAGUUGACCUUCCCCGAGCCUGUUACCAACCACAACUUCUGGGAGUUGAAGGAAGCUGUUAUCAACGGUCCCGACAAGUAUCCCGGUGCUGCCGCAAUUGAGAAUGAGAACGGCCAAGUUGUCAACUUGAAGUUCAAGAGUCUGGACGAGCGUACGGCACUUGCCAACCAGUUGCUUGCACCAUCCAACUGGCGCCUGAAGGGUUCGCGAAACAAGAAGGUCUACCGCCAUCUCACUACUGGUGACUACGUUUUGAUGAACCGGCAACCGACUCUCCACAAGCCAUCCAUCAUGGGUCACAAGGCUCGUGUCCUUCCUAACGAGCGCACUAUUCGAAUGCACUACGCCAACUGUAAUACCUACAACGCCGAUUUCGACGGUGAUGAGAUGAACAUGCACUUCCCCCAGAACGAGCUUGCCCAAGCAGAGGCUCGGAUGCUGGCAGAUGCUGACCACCAGUACCUGGUGGCGACGUCCGGCAAGCCUUUGAGAGGUUUGAUCCAGGAUCACAUUUCCAUGGGUACCUGGUUCACAUGCCGUGAUGCCUUCUUUGAUGAAGAAGACUAUCAUCAGCUUUUGUACAGCUGCUUGCGGCCGGAGAACUCGCACAUCGUCGGCGACCGCAUCCAGUUGGUGGAGCCUGCUUUCCGUAAACCCAAAUACCUCUGGACUGGCAAGCAAGUGAUUACAACAAUCCUUAAAAAUAUCAAGCCUCCAGAGAGUGCUGGCCUCACCCUCCAGGGCAAGUCUUCAACCCCUGGCGACCGUUGGGGCAAGGGCAACGAAGAGGGCACCGUUAUCUUCGAUGAUGGAGAGUACCUGUGUGGUAUUCUUGACAAGAAACAGCUUGGUCCUACUGCUGGAGGUUUGAUUGAUGCUGUUCACGAAGUCUACGGCCACACCAUUGCCGGAAAGCUGAUGAGUAUUCUGGGACGACUUCUGACUCGGUACCUGAACAUGCGGGCGUUCACUUGCGGUAUCGAUGAUCUUCGCUUGACCAAGGAGGGUGAUCGCAUUCGCAAGGAGAAGCUGAGCACUGCCGCAGACAUGGGUCGUGAAGUCGCCCUGAAGUACGUGACCUUGGAUCAGGUCACUGUGCCUGACCAGGACGCCGAGUUGAACCGUCGUUUGGAAGAUGUGCUUCGCGAUGAUGGCAAGCAAAGUGGCUUGGAUAGCGUUUCAAACGCUCGGUCUGCCAAACUCUCCUCCGAAAUCACUAGCUCCUGUCUCCCCGCAGGUCUUGCAAAGCCAUUCCCGUGGAACCAGAUGCAGUCGAUGACUAUUUCCGGUGCCAAGGGUUCGGGUGUCAAUGCCAACCUGAUUUCUUGCAACCUUGGUCAGCAGGUUCUGGAGGGCCGUCGUGUACCGGUCAUGAUCAGUGGUAAAACGCUGCCGUCUUUCCGGGCUUUCGAGACACAUCCCGUCGCUGGUGGUUACGUAUGCGGCCGUUUCUUGACUGGAAUUAAGCCCCAGGAGUACUACUUCCACGCCAUGGCCGGUCGUGAGGGUUUGAUUGAUACCGCCGUCAAGACUUCUCGUUCCGGUUACUUGCAGCGUUGCUUAAUCAAGGGUAUGGAAGGCUUAAGAGCCGAAUACGAUUCCUCCGUUCGUGAGGCAUCGGAUGGUUCUAUAGUCCAGUUCUUGUACGGAGAAGAUGGCCUCGACAUCACCAAGCAGGUCCACCUCAAGGACUUCAAAUUCCUUGCUGAUAACCACAAGUCUGUUUCCCAGCAGGUGCAGGCCCACCUUUUCCAUACCUUGGCGAAGGAUGAUGCGAUGAAAUGGCAUAAGGAUGCAAUGAAGGCUGUUCGCCGGACUGGAAAGCUUGAUGCGAUGGAUCCUGCUUUGUCGAAAUUCCACCCUGGUGGCAACUUGGGUAGCACUUCAGAGUCAUUCGCUCAGGAUCUCAAGAAGUAUGGUGAUGACAACCCUGACAAUCUCUUCAAGGAUAAGAAGAAGGAUAUUGAGGGUAAACUCAGCAAGAAGACGUUUGACGCUUUAAUGAACAUGAAGUAUCUGAAGUCUGUCAUCGAUCCCGGUGAGGCCGUCGGUAUUAUGGCCGGUCAAUCAGUGGGAGAGCCCAGUACCCAAAUGACCCUCAACACUUUCCAUUUGGCUGGUCAUUCCGCAAAGAACGUGACCCUGGGUAUUCCCCGUCUUCGUGAAAUUGUCAUGACUGCUAGUGCUACGAUCAUGACGCCCACAAUGACACUGCUUCUCAAUGAGGAGAUCUCCAAGGACCACUCCGAGCGGUUUGCCAAGGCUAUCAGUAAGCUUAGUAUUGCUGAGGUCGUUGACAAGGUGCAAGUCAGAGAGCGCAUCGGCUCGGGUGUUGGUUACGCGAAGGCUAAGAUCUAUGACAUCGAGAUUACCUUCUUCCCCACCGAGGAGUACACCAAGGAGUACGCCAUCCAGACCAAGGAUGUGCAGCUUGCUCUCCAGAACAAGUUCAUUCCACGCCUGGUGAAGCUCACCAAGGCCGAGCUCAAGAAGCGCAAUGAGGACAAGACGGGCACGAAGUCCUCCACUGCUCAGCCUGAUAUUGGCGUUUCGGUCGGCAGGGUUGCCGACGGCCCUGGUGGCCCUGACCGUGCGGCCGAGCCAGCAGACGACGACAAUGAAGAUGAUGAGGAUGAUGCCAAGCGAGCUCGUGGCGGCCAGAACCGCAGCAACCAGGUGUCUUACGAAGGACCUGAUGAUGAUGAGCAGGAUAUCAUCCGCGGACAAGACGAACCCGAAAUCGAAGAUGAUGAAGAGGAGGGUGAUAAGCCUGGCAGAACCACUGGCGAUGUGGACAUGGACUCAGACUCUGAGGAUGACUCGGAUGACGAUGAGGCCCAGGAGCACAAGCUGCGCGAGGACGAUGUCAAGAGCAAGUUCUCUGAGAUCACCAAGUUCAAAUUUGACCCCAAGAAGGGCAACUCCUGCACCAUUCAGCUGGAGUACGAUAUCGAGACACCCAAGCUGCUUCUCCUUCCCCUGGUUGAGAGUGUUUGCCGUUCCGCAGUCAUCCAGUCCAUCCCAGGCAUUGGCAGCUGCGUGUUUGUCGAGGCAGACGAACUUCAGGGUGAACCAGCAAGCGUUAUGACCGAUGGCGUCAACCUCCUCGCCAUGCGCGACUACCAGGACAUCAUCAAGCCGCACUCGCUCUACACCAACUCCAUCCACGACAUGCUCAACCUGUACGGUGUCGAAGCCGCUCGCGCCACCAUCAUCCGUGAAAUGGACUCCGUUUUCAAGGGUCACAGCAUCUCCGUCGACAACCGCCAUCUGAACUUGAUCGGUGAUGUGAUGACGCAGUCCGGUGGCUUCAAGGCUUUCAGCCGCAACGGUCUGGUCAAGGAUUCAACCUCGCCGUUCGCCCGGAUGUCUUUCGAGACUACUGUUGGCGCCUUGAAGGAUGCUGUUGUUGAGCGUGACUUCGACAACCUCAAGGGCCCGAGUAGCAGAAUCGUCGUUGGCCGCUCCGGCACUGUUGGAACCGGCGCCUUUGAUAUUCUUGCUCCUGUAGCAUAG